AUGAAUAGAGGCAAGCAAACCGAGCUCGGUCGUUUGUUUCAUCAUGCAUAUGAACGUUGCGUCAACCAAGACAACAUGCCGUUCAAUUUGAAUGGCUCAAUGGUCAAGGACAACAGCCAUGUUCGUGAUCAAAUCAUAAAGUAUUGCAAACUGAGUUCACGAAAAGAGAAACUCGCUCGUAGAUUGGCCAUCUACAAAAGCCAUCCUGAGGAAACACCUGCUUUCGCAACGGCUGCCGAAUGUUUGAAGGUUUUGGUAGACGAAUGCCAGUCGGAAGAAGAGGACGUUCCCGGCGAUAAGACAUUGCUGGAUCGUCAGGUGCCAACUUGGAGAUCCAAGAAUUUGAAUGAUUUCUUCAAAAGACUUGACAAAGUUCAUGACAAUGAAGCAACAAGAAAAUGGGGUGAAAAGGAUAGAGUUGAUUCUGUGGUUGUAACGGCAUUGCAUCCUGAUAUUGAGAGAAAACUUCCUGCUUGGUCCAAAGCUGUAUAA